AUGCUCGCACAUCCCUCGGCCAUCUCAUCGCUAUCAUUGUCCAAGGACGGUAGAGAGGCGGUUUCAGCUGGUCACGACGCAUCGAUCCGGUUCUGGUCGCUUGAGAAGAGACAGUGCACGCAAGACAUCACGUCACACCGACCCAUGAGAGGCGAAGGUGUUUGCAGUGUGGUGUGGAGUCAGGACGGUAGAUACGUCGUUAGUGCAGGAGGCGACGGUGUGGUGAAGGUGUUUGCGCGAUAG